AUGGUGAAGCUGAGCAGGUUUGAAAAACUGCAAAAAGAGCAGAAUGCUAGCACUUUCAAGCCCUUGUUAGAUGAGUUGGUGGAAUGUGAUGAGCCAACGUUCGUCGAGAAGCUUAAUCACAUCCAAGAAUGGGACAGGUCAAGGGACGACUUGUUCGUUUGGACUCCCGUAUUAAACAGAAUUGACGAAAUAUUGUCAAGGGUUGUGAACAACUAUUCAUAUGCGUCUUCCGAUUUCAAGAAAAACCCAGUCAAAUUGAUUGAAAUGUCAAGAAAAGAUGAGGAACUAAGUAUAAAUUUGAUGAAAUUUACCACGAGACUACUUUGCAAUACGGAAAACAGAUACAUAUAUUCCUCUAUGGAUGUUAUGAAUAGUUUUUUAAAUUGUCCAAAUUUCAGGAUCAAACUUUAUGCGGUAAAAAUUCUGGCUAUCAUAGGUGAACGAUACAUAAUAUCUCGGGAAAGAAUUGACUCCGAGAACAUUUUGGGAAACCCAUUCUUAAAGAAAAAGGUACUUAAACUAGCAUUGGCGUUGCCCUCUUCUACCAUAGAUGAUAAUGGCGAUCAUUUUUCCCUUGCCGAUUUGUUUUUUGACAAGAAGAAAUAUCCAUUGAAAUGGACAAAACUGAAAUAUACAUAUUACACUGCAUCCACUUCACACCCUUCAAAGAAAAAUGGCUCUUCUACGGGGGUACAACAUCCUAAAGAUACCAAUUGUCAAAUGUCAUCCAUGAAAAAGAUUUUCUUUUCCAGAGAAGAUUUACAAUCUCAUUCCUUGCAACAGCUAUAUGACAAAGGGAUGGAAGUAUUGCCAUCGGAAAACUGGUUUGACUUCUCUGUUAAAGUCAAUAUUGCUAAGGCAUUCAGUGAUAAUUCUUUUGACAGUAUAGAGCUAAGAAACUUGAUAUUGCGAACAAAAUUCAACGCGAUCGCAGCUACAAAUACUAUUUAUCAUCCACCUCAAGUGAGUUCCAAGCUUUUUGAGGUAGAUCCAUAUGCAUUCAACAGUUUGACGGAUUUUAUCUCUUUAUCUGAAACAAAAUUACCAAAGGAACUUCGAUUGGAUUCCAUCUUUGCCUUAGAAUGUGUUUCAUUGAAACAUGUUUGGUGUUCUGACAUUGUAAGAAAUUUAGGUGGUAACAUGUCACACGGGUUGCUUUUUCAGAUUCUUCGUUUUAUCGGUAAAAUUCUGCGAGAAGAGUCAUCAGAGGUUGACGAAGAGUAUAAUGUUCGUCUUUUCUAUCUCAUUUCGAAUCUAGCCGAUGUAAAAGCGUUGCAUGACUCACUACUAGCUGCUGGUUUGAUACCAAGUUUGUUGGAUAUAAUAUCUGCUAGACAAUCGCCAUAUCGUCGCACAAUGGCUUCCGCAACCCAUUUGCUGGAAGCGGUCAUAAGUGAUGGAGAGUCUUCGGCAGAAUUCAUCAAUAAUGAUGGAUUCACCAUUCUCAUUGACUUGAUUACAGAAGAGGUGAACUUUGCUCUGGAAAAUCCCGAUUAUGGUAGUCCUCCAAAGUAUUCGGUAGUUUAUUAUUCGGUAUCCUUCAGGCAGUUGGCUUAUAUAAGAAGCUUGCUGAAGUUGGUUCUGAAACUUUUAAAAACAGAUUCUGGAGAUCGAAUCAGGAAUCUUAUGGACUCUCCAAUACUCCACUCUCUUAGAAAUAUACUUGAGAACAGGCCUGUCUUCGGCUACACAUUGAUUACCUACGUUUUAGACAUUUUGCAAAGAGUUAUAAACAGUGAACCCACCAUUUAUCCAAUUCUGGUUGAAGCUGGACUCAUUCCAUAUAUCAUAGAGCAUUUUUCCGAGCUACUUGGUCCUUACUCUGAGCUCCUAUCUAUCUUGCCCGAUGUUAUUUCUGCACUUUGUUUGAACAGUGAAGGUCUAAAAAAAGUUAAGGAGAAAAACAUGAUUAGAUUCCUGUUUGAUGCUGUAACAGAUUUGAAUUACGCCAAAGUACUGUAUUGGAAGGAAGAAAGUGUCGAUUUGGGAGCCUCAAUGGAUGAGUUAGCAAGACAUUAUCCAGAACUAAAGCCCCUCAUAUUAGAUUGCUUUUCCGACAUUGUGCGAGAGUUGCCUCGCCGUAUUUGUUUUAAUCAGUCCUUUCUUUAUUUAUCUUUAAAUGGCGGAGACUUUUUUUACCGAGGCAAGGAUGAGGAGGUAGAACUGACCGAAGAAAACGGGAAAGAGCUUUCGUUCUGGGAUGUGCAAAAGUCAACACCUAUUGUGGAUUGCUUUGCUGAUGUUUUUUAUGGUAUGACUCUAGAGAACUCGGCUCUGGGAAAACUACCUGAAAACAUAACAGUCAAGGACCUUUUUUCGAUUAUUGUGAUGGAUAAACCUCCAUUCGAUUAUACCUCUUCACAGGCACUCUUAAACUUUACCGAUGUUUUACAGCUUUUUGACGAACAGCACAAAAACUACGCGUUUCCCGAAGUUAUCAUAAUGUUGGCAGAGAAUCUGUGUGAUGUGGAGCAGUUUCUGACUUCUUCAAAUGAUGAAAGUUUUCUUUUGAAGGCCUCACUUGGCAGAGAUAACUCUGAUGUGGAGGACACUGUGAGUAAGUUAUCCAAGUUGUCUGCUUUGAUUUAUAUCGUGACAGACGUGUACAUUAAUUUGACAUCUCUUUCACCCAAGCGAGUGCUACAGAUUUUGGACUAUUUUGACAAGAACGGCUUCGAGUUGAUCAAGAAUCUGCGGUUAUUGUUCCAAAAAUGUGCCUUGGAAGAAAUGUACCUAAUAUCACAAAUGCCGGACGAAGCAAUCGACCAGACUUUGCCACAUCCCGGUGGCCAUUCUCCACCUGUUCAAAUACAUGUUAAAAAACCCUCCAAAAGAGAACAAAUGGAUAAUUACACAUCUGCAAAGUUCAAGAAUUCUUUCCAAAUUAGGGCGAUUUUAAACAAGUUACAGUCGUGUUCCUCUAUGAUAUUUAGAUGUUUACUAAGAUUGUCACGCGUCAAAGACUUGGAUUUGGAAGAUUGUGACAGGGCCCUGGAGGUGCAUAUAUCUGAUGAGGUUACAAAGCAGGUAAUCAGCAUGCUGCGCGCAGUUGAGUUAAAAAAUCAUAUGCCAUAUUUCCUUGUUGUAUUCAACUUUAAUACCUAUAUCUUCACAUUUCCCAAAACAACUAUCACCGGUGCCGGAAUGUUGCAAACCAUACCCGCUUUCCUAUUCUAUCAGAAUGGUGGAUACAAAGUGUACUUCGAGGCUAUAAAGUAUCUUUUUACUAAUAUGUCAACGUUUGAGAACUUGGCAGCAAUCGAAGAGGUCGAUUACGUUAAAAAUUCAGAAGAUGUCUUAACAUUAAGCUGUUUAUUGAAUGCCUUAUCUUUCUUCAAUAAAUCUAUGCAAAUUGACACGAUGGAAAAUAUUCAGAGCAUGGAAGUAUUUUAUCCAUAUAUGGAUAAUGAUUACAAUCUGACAAAGGCCCUAAUGCUUGUGGUAAAAAUACUUGCAUUAGGUCUGGUAAUGGAUCUCAACAAGAUGAAUCUGCUUUUUUGCUCCCAAUCUCGAACUGUUCCAUAUGCUGUCUUUAAGCAUAUUUUAACGAUGUUGAAGAAUAUUUUUUCAGGCAAAAACGAAGGGGAAGAAGAAGUAUAUGAGCUGCGUUGGGAUUUGAUCCCCCCUUCGCAUAGAAAAAUCCAACUUUUAAAGGCGUGUGGCAUUUCUGAGGAGGUUGCAAGAGGGUUCAUAGAAGAGACAGACGAUGAGAUGCCUUCCGAAAAGCCAAAUCUUUUCUCUGAGACAGAAUGGGAAAAGUAUCAAUAUCUUACCAAGGGUGAUACAUGGCAGUUGCACCCGGUUCUAAUGGAAGCACAGUACGAGCAGAUGUAUACAAAUGACGAUUUGAACUCUAUGCGAAAUGAAUAUUUUCAAACAGGUUUAUCACAAAAGGUUUUCGACGUAUUACCGUUUUAUCCAAAACUGGUAAACGCUUUUGCUAAAACCUUGCUACAGAUGUUCAAUAUUCAUGGUGAGCGUAGUGAGAAUUUUGCGGCUCAAGUGUUAGAUAAAAUAACAAAAACGAAUCUUGAAAACGGCGCAACGUUGUCCUCUUUUAUUCAUCUAUUCGGCAUAUUUCUGAAUGAGAAAUAUGUUUACGAAAACUCACAUUCGUUGAUCGACUCCUUUUUGGAAUACCUCCAAAAUUCGUUAAAUCCGAGAUUUAUCAAUUGCCCGUGGUUUUCCAAAGCUUUAUAUGUCUAUGAAAUCAUUUUGGCGAAAUCUGAGGUUCCUUUAAUGGAGCCCUAUCCACCAGGACUGUGCGUCCAUUAUCGAAUGCCUGCUAUUGCUCCAAUAUAUCGAAUUGCUCCUGAUACAAGAAAAAACUUUUUUGAUGUGUUAAUCAGGGUAGGCGACAUAACAAACUUUUAUUCAGCAUUGGCAACUUGUAGAAUAUUAUUAUUUUAUGCGAGGGACGAUGUUUAUGCUGCUGAAGUCUCCCGUUCUGGCAUAUUGUCCAAGCUUCUUAAAGUUAUUGGAGUUUAUCAGAAGUCAGAAAAAAUAAAUUAUCUCGAGUCCUCAUUUUUACUUUUAGCCAGGAGAACUUUUGAAACGACGGAUAUCGUUUCAUCCUUGAUCCGUUUUGAACUGAAUAAAAGUUUCACGACUAGAGUCAUGGGUGAGCCUAAACCGAGGGAGCGCGAUCUCGGCGGAGUAAUUGACGAAAAGCCUCAUGUUGUGAUGAGGAACCCAAAGAUGUUCGUUGAUGUCCUUUGUGAGGAUGCCCGGUUUCAGAAUUUUAAUGAAGAUGGCAAAAUAGUUGACUACGAUCUUAUCAGAUCCUCUCAAACUGGCGCAGCUGAGAGAGAUGAACCCGGGGAGAGAUCGAAGAAUUCUUUAACUGUUCAAAACAGAACUGGAAUUAUCCAUCUAUUGUUAUCACAACUAAUGGCAGCUUCAAAGAAAGACUGGGUGUCUGAGCCACCUUCUACGGAAGAAGGACCCUCAGGCUCUAAACAGGAAAAGAUCGAGCCAGCGAGAAAUCCAGUCUGUGCUUACAUGAUUUUUCUCAUGAAAGUGUUGAUUGAGCUAAUCAGCAGCUAUAAGCAGUCAAAGUUUGAAUUUUUGACCUUUGACAGGAGAAACGCAUAUACAGAAUCUCCCAAGCCGAGAACUACAGCCUUGAACUUUUUUUUCUACCAAUUACUGGACAGGUCUACUGAUUCUGAGCAAAGUAAGCCUGAAGCUAAACGUAGGGAAGUUAUGAGUAUGCUUUCCAGGUCUGUUAUCGUAGGGUUUGUCUCCACAGUACAAGACGAGAAUAAUAAAAAAAGUGAUUUACGGGCAACUGAUCCUGAUAUGACUUUUAUUAGAAAGUUUGCCAUAGAGACAGUUAUACGAGCCCUAAGAAAUACAGCUUCAAAUCCAAAGAUGCUCGAGGGAAAUGUUAGUAAGUUAGAUACCUGGUUCAAGGUUAUAUCAUCCAUGGUGUUUUUACAGGCACCUUGCCUCCGCCUGAUAUUGGAUUCCAAUAAAGUUGAUGCUGAUCAGUACCAAAUUUGUAAAUUAAUGAUCGAGAUGAAUGUGCCCUCAGCAAUAACGGAAUGUAUAGCAUUAUUGGAUCUUAACUAUCCCUUUUGCAAAAAAUUGUUUAAUAGUGCUGUGGAUCCCUUGAAUGCCAUCAACUCAGUUAGGCUUAGUUACGCAGGGAUGUUCAAGGUUGAAAGUAAUGAUGACGAGGUAGAGGUUGAUGAUGAUUCUGAUAAAGAGGAUCCGUCUGAUAUGUUCAGGAAUUCGGCUUUGGGAAUGUAUGACGUUGCAGAUAUCGAAGAAGACGAUGAUGGGGACGAUGAAUCCUUGAUUGGAGAUGAUGAGGACAUCGCUUUUGUAGAUGGUGAGGAUGGUGGUUUUGAGGUGGUUUUCAGCGAUGAUAAUGACGAAGAGAACGAUCCUAGCAGUGACGGGAGUCAUAGUAGCAACGAAAAUAUGGAAUAUGAUAGUGCCUCUGAAAGUGCAACGGACGAAUCUGUUAGCAGUGUUCACACAUCAGUUGAAGGCCGUGAAGAAUCGGAUUCACAAAAUGAGGGGUAUUAUUUUGAAGACGAUGACGAGGAUGUUGAAAUCAUAGAUGUUAAUGCUGAAGAAUAUGACUCGGAUCUAGAGAUUGAUUUGAGUGACUACAAUUUGGAAGACUCUGAUUGGGAAUCUGGGUUGUCGGAGCUUUCUGCAUCUGAUGAGGAAGGAGAAGGCAGCAUUAUAGCAGAAAACAAUGUUUUUGGAAGAUCCAAUGGAAGCAGACGGAGGUGGAUGACUAAUGAAGGUAUGGAGAUUAUUGAAGGUGAAUCUGACGAGGAGGGUGGUUCUGGUCUAUUUCAAGGAAUAGAACACGUAUUUCAUAGUGAAAGUCAACCGUUAUACAGAGUCCAGGAUGGCAGAAGUCAUGGUCGACACCAUCAUAGAUCGUUCCGUAAUCACGAACAUCCGCCGCUAGGGCUGCCAUCACUUAGCCUGCUAAACGGACCUCGUCGUCAACAAAGUAAUCUAAUAAACCCACUUGGCCCUUCUGGCUUAGAAGAGAUUGAGAAUGGUAUUUCUGAACAAUUAAAUAGUCCUACAAGUCUCAGAAAUAGACCUGAGCAUGCUCAUUUUGGAGGUGUUUUGGUUUCCGGUGAGUUUUUCGACGACAGGUCACCCGAUGGUAUAAUUUUGAAGUCGACAGUCAUGAGAUGGAAGGAUAUCUUUGAUAUGUUUUAUGACACUAAAACAUAUGCUAUAUACAUUAUCCCAACAAUUGUUGCAAAAUUGUACCAGCCUAGCUUGCAAUUGAAUAUGGAGCAGAAGCGCAAAACGGCGGAAAAGGAAAAAGAAGCGCAGACCAAACAGCAGAAAGCAGUAAAAGUCACAUCUUCAGUGCCUUCAGAAGCUUUAGAAACAGCUGCAAGCGCCAUUUCGAGCGAUGCUCAAAACGAUUCGUCUCGUGAGCACCAUGACCCAGUUUAUGUGAAUAUUGAAGGUUCGGAAGUUGAUAUCGGUGGCACUGAUAUUGAUGCUGAGUUUUUGAAUGCAUUGCCCGACGAUAUGAGAGCAGAGGUUUUUGCACAGCAUGUGCGCGAGCGAAGGGCAGAAGCGCUGCAUAGUGAUAUUCAUUCCAGAGAAAUCGAUUCGGACUUCUUGGAUGCAAUACCUGAGAAUCUACGAGAGGAAAUACUAGAUUAUGAAACAGCAGAGUCCAGGUUUUCAAAUAUUGUGCAUGCAAUGCAUGAUCAUGUUGAUGACGACGAAGACAUGGAUAGCGAGCAUGAGGAUGAUAACGAUGCAGAUGCUACUACUGGUAGUAGCAAUCCAGGUGACGAAAGUGAAAAGAAGAAAUCGGCCCGUAUAUAUUUCUCCCCGCUUGUAGAUCGUGCUGGAACUGCGGCUCUCAUGAAGUCAACCUUCAUAGCCCAACCAUACGUUCAACGUGAAGUUUAUCAUGAACUUUUUUUCCGCUUGUGUUCGAGUAAACAGAAUAGAAGUGACAUCAUUAACAUGCUACUUAUUAUUCUUACCGAAGGAGUGGUUGACCAAUCCUCAUUGGAGAAGGUUUACAACCUAAUAUCAUGUCGUGCUCAAGGGCAAAAUAGGCUUCCAGGACAUGCAAUGCAGCGUCAACUACCGGUUGAAUGCACUCCUCUAGUUGUCGCUAAUCAAGCAAUCGAAAUAUUACAAAAUUUGAUUGACUCUGAUAACAGGUUGAAAUAUUUCUUUUUGACUGAGCACGAGAACUUGAUGGUCACUAAAACCCCUGCUAAAAAUAAAAAGGAUAUUUUCAGUAAGAAUCUAAAGUGGCCAAUAAAGUAUCUAUUCGCUUUGUUGGAUAGUAAGAUAAUCACGGAUGAAACUGUUUUGAUGGAUUUGUUGACUAGAAUUCUGCAAGUGUGUACGAAACCUAUCCAGGUGAUUGCCAAAAAUACUGAUAGUCCCACAAACUCGAAGAAGAAGUUUUCUUCUCCGCACUUUGAUCGGAAAGACUUGGAAAAAAUUGUCUCCAUUAUCAAGUUAGAUAGUUGUAAUACUCGAGUGUUUCAACAAACUCUGAACAUUAUACACAACUUAGCUCCUUUGAAAGACUCAAUGAGAAUUUUCACGGAGGAGUUAAUAUCCUCGGCCAUUGAAACGAUGGCUUCUUUGAUUUCUGAUCUGGAAAAGCUGACAACUAUGGGCUCUCAGGCUACUAGUGGUGCAGAGAUCAACUCAGAAUUGGUCCAGAAGUUUACGGUACCAAGUUCAGAUCAAGCAAAACUGUUGAAAGUAUUGAUUGCAGUCGAUUAUCUUUACACUCAUAAGAACAAGCUAAAAAGUGACGAAGUUGGCCAGUUGAUGGAAGUUUACAAUAAGAUGGAACUUAACAAAAUUUGGGAGCCCCUAAGUAAAUGCUUAUUCGAAUUCGAAAGUCGAAAAGGGUUGAAUACGUCAGCUACAGUUCUUCUGCCUCUAAUAGAAGCUCUCAUGGUUGUCUUCAAACACAGUAAAACAUCCCAAGCCAAAUUUGCAACCUUGAGAUAUGAAGAUGGUAAAAAUGUCGAUCUAUCCACGAUUCCUUCCGAGAAUCUGUUUUUUUAUUUCACUGAAGUUCACAAGAAACUACUGAAUCAAAUGAUUCGCACCAAUCCUAAACUGAUGAGUGGUCCUUUUUCUUUAUUGGUGAAAAAUCCAAAAGUGUUGGACUUCGAUAAUAAAAGGUACUUUUUCACUGCUCGACUCGUGACUGAAUCGCGGGACAGGUCCACACUGGCGAUUACGGUUCGUCGUGAGCAGGUAUUUCUAGACUCUUAUAGAGCUUUGUUUUUCAAGUCAAACGAGGAUAUCAAGAAAUCGAAGUUAGAGAUUACCUUUAAGGGAGAAAGCGGGGUUGACGCCGGUGGAUUAACUAGAGAAUGGUAUCAGGUGCUGUCUAGGCAAAUAUUUAAUCCAGAUUAUGCUCUCUUUUUACCUGUCGCUUCUGAUAAGACCACUUUUCGCCCCAAUCGUACAUCAGGUAUAAAUCCUGAGCAUCUGUCAUUUUUUAAGUUUGUUGGAAUGAUAAUUGGCAAAGCUAUCCGUGAUCAAUGCUAUCUCGAUUGUCAUUUCAGUAGAGAAGUGUACAAAAACAUACUUGGAAGGCCUGUUGCCUUGAAAGACAUGGAGUCAUUGGAUCUAGAUUAUUACAAGUCGCUUGUUUGGAUUUUAGAAAACGACAUAACAGAUGUCAUCGAAGAAACGUUUUCAGUAGAGGCUGAUGAUUAUGGUGAACACAAGAUCAUUGAGUUAGCGGAAAAUGGCAGCGAAAUUGCUGUGACUGAGGAAAAUAAGCAAGACUAUGUGAAAAGAAUAGUAGAAUAUAAAUUGCAAACAUCUGUGAAGGAACAAAUGGCAAACUUUUUACAAGGCUUCUAUGCGUUAAUCCCAGUCGAAUUGAUAUCAAUAUUUGAUGAACAAGAGUUGGAACUUUUGAUAAGUGGGCUACCUGAUAUUGACGUUGACGAUUGGAAAAAUAACACUACUUACGUCAACUAUACAUCAAACUGUAAGCAAAUCAGCUAUUUUUGGAGAGCUGUUAGGUCAUUUGAUCUCGAGGAACGUGCGAAACUCUUGCAAUUUGUUACAGGUACAAGUAAAGUACCUCUAAAUGGUUUUAAGGAAUUGACAGGAGUUAGUGGUGUGUGUAAAUUUUCCAUCCACAGAGAUUAUGGACACGCUGAGAGACUUCCAACAUCUCACACCUGUUUCAAUCAGCUGAACCUUCCUUCUUAUAAUUCUUACGAAACUUUACGUGGUUCAUUGCUAUUAGCGGUUAACGAAGGACACGAGGGGUUUGGGAUUGCGUAA